UGGGGCGGGGCCCCGUGAGCCUUCUCUUCUACUUAAAGAAAAGCAAACCUUGUUUUCCUAAGUCGUUCUUGCAUUCUCAUUAAUUUAAGACAGGAAGCCUUCGGUGGGUGUGACAUAAACAAGUUGGGCUCGUGGGUCGGGCUUCCUCGUCAGUUUGCAGCUGGAGAGAUGGCUGCGCCGCCCAAGCCCAUGCGGGCCUCUCGGGGGAUGACUUGUUGACUGAGCCCCGCAGAAGGUGGGAGGGGCAGGCGAGCGAGCGGAGAAGGUAUAAAGGAAAUGCUUUAGCCGUGCAGUCACUGGCGAUUGUAAUUCAGGGGUGGUGAGUUUGGUUAUUCCCGCAGAAGGAAUCUGAUUUGGAGUUUCUGGAAAGUUCCCUGACAUCCCGCCCGGUAGGAUAGUUGUGAUUUUAGUUAGGGGCUCCCCCACCCCAACAAGAAGCUAGGCUUCUGCUGACGGUGAAGCGGAGGGGUCAUGAAAUAAAUGAUGUUUGGAGUUGCAGCUUCCUAGAGUGUAGGAGAACUUCGGCCAGGGUGGGGUUAUCUGGGUGCCGGGGGAGUGGGGGAGCGUCUUUCCCAGUUCACCGCAGGAAGCUCCCGCUCACGGGAUGUAAACAAAAGUGUCUGAAAGAGAAACCCCAAACUCCAUGCAACCCUCCCGGUGGUUUCCUUUUCCCUGCAGAGGACGGGGUGAAGGGGAAAGGACUCUGGAAUGCCGUGGAGUUUUGACAAGUGAGGAGUCGGGCUAGGAUUGCAUUACAGCCUUUUCAUAACCCCUUCCACCCGCCGAGCAGGGAGGGGUCCUCCCGCACAUCCGUAGCCCGCUGCGAGGAGCAUUGGCGACGUCCUGCAGGAGCAGGAGCCGAGGCUCGGGGCCACGGGACAGCCGGGGGACCUGGGGAGGGCAGCGUCCCCGUGAAGCCCGCCCCGCCCUGCUUGCCCGGUGCCCGGGGCUGCCAGCAGGUGCUCGGGCUAAUGACGGCUCUCUGGGACUUGCUCAGCUCAGCCCCAGAGGAUUACCCGGAGGCCAGCUGCUCCUGCCCCCGAGGCUCCCGGAGUUGCUGAGGAAAGAGGUCUGAGAGAAAGCUUCCAGAAGUGACUUCGAAACUGGAGUUACCUGGCUGAACAGUGCUGGAAUGGCGGCUUCAUCUACCUGAUCAUGCUGCGGCGCUUCAAGCACAAAGCCCACCUGACUUACAAUGGCAACGACGGCAGCCUCAGCUCAGAACCGGGAGAGACACCGACCUCGGAGCUGGGAGACCAAACCUCCAAAAAGGGGAAAAGAACAAGAAAGUUUGGGGUCAUUUCCAGACCCCCUCUCAACAAGGCCCCCGAAGAACCCAAGAGCAGCAGCGGCUGUGAUGUGGCCGAUGACCCCAGCUCUGAGUUGGAGAACGGCACAGACCCCGACCUCGGAAAUGGCCAUGCCUUUGAGCUAGAGAGUGGCCCGCAUUCUCUCAAGGAUGUGGCUGGACCCCAUCUGGAGAAGUCAGACGUGGACAGGGGAGCAGAACUCAGAAUUCCAAAUGCAGACGCUCCUCUGGGGGCCAGCAAUGACAAACGGCGCUUUUCAAAGGCUGGGAAGACCGACUUCCAGUCCAGCGACUCCCUGGCACGGGAGGAAGUUGGCCGGAUAUGGAAGAUGGAGCUGCUCAAAGAAUCAGAUGGGCUGGGAAUUCAGGUUAGUGGAGGCCGAGGAUCAAAGCGCUCGCCUCACGCUAUCGUUGUCACCCAAGUGAAGGAAGGAGGUGCCGCUCACAGGGAUGGCAGGCUGUCCUUAGGAGACGAACUGCUGGUGAUCAAUGGUCACUUACUGGUCGGGCUCUCCCACGAGGAAGCUGUGGCCAUUCUGCGCUCAGCCACUGGGAUGGUACAAUUGGUGGUAGCCAGCAAGGAAAGCUCAGCGGAGGACCUCCUGAGGUUAACAUCGAAGAGCUUACCCGACCUGACUAGCUCAGUGGAGGACGUGUCCUCCUGGACAGACAACGAAGACCAAGAGGCAGACGGAGAAGACGAAGAGAGGGCAGGCGCGGCCACUGUCCGGGGCACGAUGCCGGAGUCAGAAGAAUCCCAGGACGUAGGCAGCUCUGAGGAAUCCCAGGGGAGCUUGGAAAGUCCCAAACAAGGCAACAGCAAAAUGAAGCUUAAGAGUCGUCUCUCAGGAGGUGUCCACCGCCUGGAGUCUGUUGAGGAAUAUAAUGAGCUGAUGGUCCGCAAUGGGGACCCCCGGAUCAGGAUGCUGGAGGUCUCCCGAGAUGGCCGGAAGCACUCUCUUCCCCAGCUACUGGAUUCUACUGGGACAUCACAGGAAUACCACAUCGUGAAGAAGUCGACCCGCUCUCUGAGCACCACCCAUGUGGAAUCUCCAUGGAGGCUCAUUCGGCCAUCCGUUAUUUCCAUCAUCGGGCUGUACAAAGAGAAAGGCAAGGGCCUUGGCUUUAGCAUUGCUGGAGGCCGAGACUGCAUUCGAGGCCAGAUGGGGAUUUUUGUCAAGACCAUUUUCCCAAACGGAUCAGCCGCGGAGGAUGGCAGACUCAAAGAAGGAGAUGAAAUCCUUGAUGUAAACGGUAUACCAAUAAAGGGCUUGACGUUUCAAGAGGCCAUUCACACCUUCAAGCAAAUCCGGAGCGGGUUGUUUGUCCUCACAGUGCGCACGAAGUUACUCAGCCCCAGCCUCACGCCAUGCUCCACUCCCACGCACAUGAGCAGGUCGAGCUCCCCAAGCUUCAACACCGGUGGGGGGACCCCCGCAGGAGGAGGCAAUGAUGAAGGCGGUUCUUCCUCCCUGGGGCGGAAGGCUCCUGGGCCCAAGGACAGGAUUGUCAUGGAAGUCACACUCAACAAAGAGCCAAGAGUUGGAUUAGGCAUUGGUGCCUGCUGCUUGGCCUUGGAAAACAGCCCUCCGGGUAUCUACAUUCACAGCCUGGCCCCUGGAUCAGUGGCCAAGAUGGAGAGCAACCUGAGCCGGGGCGACCAAAUCCUGGAAGUGAACUCCGUGAAUGUGCGCCAUGCAGCCUUAAGCAAAGUACACUCCAUCUUGAGUAAAUGCCCACCAGGACCCGUUCGCCUGGUCAUCGGCCGACACCCUAAUCCAAAGGUUUCCGAGCAGGAAAUGGAUGAAGUGAUAGCACGCAGCACUUACCAGGAGAGCAAAGAAGCCAACUCCUCGCCUGGCUUAGGUACCCCCUUGAAGAGUCCAUCUCUUGCCAAAAAGGACUCGCUCCUCUCUGAAUCCGAGCUCUCCCAGUACUUCACCCACGAUGGGCCGGGCUCCUUGUCAGACUCCGUGGUGGCUGGCUCUGAGGAUGAGGACCAUCCCGGGAGCGGCUGUAGCACCUCUGAUGAUGGCAGCCUGCUUCUCGGACCCCCUGCUCACAAGGAGCCAGGGAAAGCCAGGGCCAACAGCCUUGUGACACUUGGAAGCCAGAGGCCCUCUGGGCUCUUACACAAGCAAGUGACAGUGGCCAGGCAAGCCAGUCUCCCUGGCAGCCCACAGGUCCUCAGGAACCCCCUCCUCCGCCAGAGGAGGGUCCGCUGCUACGACAGCAAUGACGCCAGCGAUGAGGAGGACUUCGAUGGUGAGGGGGACUGCAUUUCUCUCCCAGGAGUCCUCCCAGACCCCAGCAGGCCUCUGCUAGAGGUUGACACAAGGCCCGCCCUGACAGCCUCUUCCAAAAGCGUCGAUGCAAGCAAGCAGGAGGAAGGACCCCAGAAACCGCUGGUCAGCAAGGCCUGCUCCGUGCCUCUCCUCGGCAGCUCGCUGUACUUAGAGCACAGCAUCCCUGAUGGGAUAGUGGGUACGCCUCCUAAGGCAGCCAGCCUGCCAGGGUCUGUAGAAACCCCCAAGAGUGGACCUGGAGUCUCGGGGAGAAAGGAGCUGUCGGGAUCAAGAAGUUCACCGAAGCUGGAAUACAGAAUCCCUGCAGACACCCCGAGCCCGAGGAGCCCAGAAAAACCCACCUCCCCACCACAGAAGAAUGAAAAUCUGCUGCCCAGACACAAGCCUGUGGCCAGGAUCAGCCCACAUUACAAGAGGUCUGAUGUCGAAGCCCCAAGUGGAGCAGCCAACGGACCGUGUGGUCAGGACUUGACAAUCCGGGUUCCAUGCAUGAAAGAUGCCAUCCCUGACUAUCCUCAGCCGAGUGGAACUGCAGAGAAGGAACUUUGGGGAAAUCCCACCCCGGGGGACAGAUAUGUCCCCACCAACUGUGGACCAGCCCGUACCCCAUGCCACCCAAACACUGGACUCCCCACAGAGAGCCUGCAGGGAGCUGCACCAGAGUGUGAGCCACACCCUGAGACUGGAUGGGACGGCUCCUCAGCUCACCCUUCCCCAGGGAAGAACAGGGAAGCUCACCCUGACGGCGACGAGACCUCCACAGUCACAGAGCAGCAAGUCGGCCAGCCUGUGUCUCCCAGGACCACGGAGCCUGAGUCCCAGGGCAUAUCUAAAGUGAAACCAGCCAGAGAGCAGAACACGGCUGGUCCCAGGGACAAGGCCUUGGCCCCUCCUGACUUCAGCAGGACUCGGGCUGCCCCUGGGGACAGCUCUCCCAACACCAAGAGGGCAGCUGUCCCCGUGAGCACAGGAGCAAGACCAGCUACGGCCAUCCCUCAUGUCUCCCUUACGUCCCAAGAAAGGAGCCGAGGGCCCACCGAGGCCUUGGGAACAAGGGGACGCUGCCCACCUAAAAGCUUCAAGGAUGGUGCUCAGCUUGAAGGUACAGCUUGCGUGUCUGGGAAGACGUCUGAUGCCAGCCCCUCUCUGCCAGUGGCCAAUGACAGGACCCCGUCAGGGAGCAGAGAGAGCCCUGUGACAGACAUUGACACCUUCAUCAGGGCAGCCUCUGAGGCCAGGUCACAGUCUUCUCAGAAAGCAGAGCGCAGGUCUCACCCAGGCAUUUUUAAGGACCAGCCACCGGAAGGGGCUGGGGAUGGCAGUUCCCACCCUGCUCAGUCCGUCAGGAGGGACCAGACAUCCUCCCCAGCGAAGACUGGGGGCACGGGCUCACCCCCGCCCCCACAGUGGGCCCCCCAGCCUUCUGUUUUGGAUUCCGUCCAUCCUGAUAAACAUUUUGCUGUGAACAAGAACUUUUUGAACAACUACUCCAGAAAUUUUAGCAAUUUCCAUGAAGCCAGUAUCUCCCUGUCGGGCCCGGGGGACAGCACAGAGCCGUCUCUCUUAUCCAUGUAUGGUGACGCCGAAGACUCAUCUUCGGACCCUGAGUCUCUUGCCGAAGUCUCGCAAGCAGCUGCCGAGAAGAGCUGGUCACCUCCCCAUUCUCGUGGGUCCUCUCCUAAGGCAGGGACUAGUGAGUCCGAGGAUGAACAGAUAGAAAUUUGCUCCACGGGUGGUUGCCCUGCCACCCCGGCGACUGCCCGUCAUCCCCCUGCCCAGGCGGCACUCCGUCGAGUUCUACCACUCCAGCACAGUGCUCUGAGGGAGCCGGUGGGAGACUCCUGUGAAAAAGCCUGCUUCUUGCCCGGCGCCUCCCACACUGCCAUCCCAAGCUCUUCCCAGCCAUUGUCCUUCCCGGAUGUGAGCUCUCAGGAGCACGAGACGCCGGUGGGCGUAAAUGCUUCACAGAGCCACGGGUCCUUAAGCACAGAAGAAACCAUGGCCCCCACCAGCAAGAGCUCACUCGUGGGAGACAGCCAGUCUUCUGAAACGACCAGCCGUGGUCACAACCUGCCAUCUGCGCUGAGGAACCCAACCAUGGUAAAUGGCUUGGAAUGUGACCUGCUGGAUGGGGGAGCCCCAAACCAAGAAGCAGUUGCUGCUGGCGUGAUGCACAGUGUGUACACCCUGGGUGCCGAGGGCCCCAAGAAUGGAGAAGCUGUCUUGGCAAACCUACACAUCGCCGAGAAUCGCAACCUGGAUGACUUACUACAGAAACCAAAAACCACCUCCAGGAAGCCCAUCAUGGCCUGGUUUAAAGACAUAAAUAAAAACAGCCAGGGGACACAUUCACAAAGCAAAUCCGAGAAGGAACAGUCAUCGAGGCCGGCGACAGGUCCGGGCUGCACCAGCCACAGCAAGGGGGUGGCUGUGCCUAAGAGUCCUCCUCCGCUGCACAAGAGUCCGGAAAACAAAGACCUGCCCGAGAAAAGCCCAGUGGAAACACUAAGUAACUGUCAGAAACCCAAGUACGGCCCUAAGCUGAAGAAACUGAAUGGUAAAAGCAAGGUGGGUCCUGAGGCCCCUGUGGCCAGCUCUGAGAAGGUUAGUGGGACCGAUCACAGGAAGACCUUGAUUUCCCCUCAGGCCUCCCAUAAAAUGCUUUCCAAGGCGGCAUCACACCAGCUCCACAGAGCCGACCAAGAAGAGCCAAACAACACGCCUGUGGAUACCCCCAAGCCGCCCCAGGGCAUAUCUGAGGGCAAGCCACCCCUGGCUGCCUCUGGGUCACCGCGGACCUCGGCAUCAGACACCAGCAUCCGAACCUUGACUUUACCCCUGACCUCCCCCAGGACUCUCCCUGAGCAAAGUGCAAGUGGUAGGUUCCACAUGGCUGUCUCCCCGGAAUCUGACACAAGCCGUCCAACCACCGCCAGGUCCCCUGGGUGUGGAGCAGAGGGCAAGGUGCCCCGGGGUGACUCUGGGUCAGCCAGUCCCACAGCACCAAGGAGCAGCGUGGCCUUGGCGGGGGUCAGACAGAGCAAGCAGCUCACGCCCAGCCACGUGGACGUGGACGUGGACGUGGUGGUGUCAGAAGCAGCCCAGCCCCGGGGGAUCGGUGAGAAAGGAAGUGAAAAAAUCACUAACGAUGCCCUCGAAAAGAUGAACCCGCUGAAAAUAGUUGAUAUUCCUUCUGAAAGAAUGCCAAAGAAUGCAUGUGGUGACAAGCCACCUAACGGUGACAGACAGGGAGGGUUCUUGACCCAGAGCGGCUGUCAGGAAAAGAGUGGAAUCAGCCCCCGGCAGUCGGCAGGAUCAUCCCCAAAACACCCACCCCCUGCCCCCUCACACACCUCCCAGGUGGAGCGGGAAAUGCGCUGGUCCUUCGGCAUGGCCAACCCAGCCUCCUCCCCGCAGCUGCCUGCUAAAACGCCAGAUUCCUCCCAGGGCCGAUCGAGCCAGAUGCCAGCCUCCCUAGGGGUGCCCAAGAAUGGUGUACCCAUAGGCCCUGGGGGAGAGGAGCAGCCCUACUUCACACCCAGGCCAGCCACCAGGACUUACUCCAUGCCAGCUCAGUUCUCAAGCCACUUUGGACGAGAAGGUCCUCCCCCACACAGCCCAAGUCUCUCGCCUCAGGACCCCCAGGUCCCUGGGACGAGUGUCAGUCUCUCUGAGGCCAAGACAGCCAAAGGCAUGACGAAUGGACAGGGUAUGUACAGUGUGAAGCCUCUGCUGGAAACGUCAAAGAACCUGCCGCCCACGGAUGGCAGGGAUGGGGGUGCCGCCCCUGAGACAGAGAGCUGCCCCAUCCCAGACAAAGUCAAAGCCGCCAGGAGACAUUACUACCAUGAGCAGAAUUGGCCCCAUGAAUCUACCUCGUUUUUCUCUGUGAAGCAGAGGAUCAAGUCUUUUGAGAACCUGGCCAAUUCUGACCGGCCUGCAGCCAAGUCGACAACAUCCCCAUUCUUAGCUGUGAACUCCAAGCCUCCCAUUAGCAGACGGUCAUCUGGCAGCAUCCCUUCAGGGAGCCUCAGCCACCCCAGCGAUGUGACGACAGCCAGGUCCCUGAGAAGAAGCCUGAGUUCCUGCAGUGAAAGCCAGAGCGAAGCCAGCAGCCUUCUCCCGCAGAUGACCAAGUCCCCGUCCAGCGUGACGCUGACUGUCUCCAGGCAGAGUCCACCAGAGCCGAGCAACAAGGGCCCCAGUUCAGACCCAAAGAAAUCACUUGUCCCCGUGGGGAUUCCCACCCCCACCCUGACCCCAGCCUCACCCGCGAAGAGGAACAAGUCCUCGGUGCGCCACGCCCAGCCUUCCCCUGUGUCCCGAUCCAAGCUCCAGGAGCUGCGAGCCUUGAGCAUGCCCGACCUGGACAAGCUGUGUGGUGGGGAGGACUACUCUGCCGGUCCAGGCACCGUGCUCUUCAGAACCCAGCUGGAAAUCAUCCCCAGAAGGUCACCCGGUUCCCCGGCUCCGUCUCCAGCCGGCUCCCCAGCUCGAGGCCAUCCAGGCCUUGACGGAGCAGGCUCCCUUCCAUGUCCUACGAAUGGAAGGACCAGAGUCUACCCAGGAGGAAACAGCUCUCCAGCCAGUGAGCCUGCAGUAUCCGCUGGAGCCAAGGAAGGGGAUGAUGUGCGGGCCCUGCCUUCCGGAAGAAGCUGGUCGGUGAGUUUGGAUCAACUUCUUGCCUCAGCGGGGGACCAGCAGAAAUUACAGGCCAUUUUGUCAUUAGUGGGGUCAAAAUCUACCAUUUCCACUCUCAUUCAGGAAGCGAAGGCACAAUCAGAGAAUAAAGAAGACACUUGCUUCAUAGUCUUGAAUAAAAAAGAAGGCUCAGGUCUGGGAUUCAGUGUGGCAGGAGGGUCAGACGUGGAACCAAAAUCAGUCAUGGUCCACAGGGUGUUUUCUCAGGGUGUGGCUUCUCAGGAAGGGACUGUGAGCCGAGGGGAUUUCCUUCUCUCCAUCAACGGCACUUCCUUGGCUGGUUUAGCCCACAGCGAGGUCGUGAAAGUUCUGCACCAGGCACAGCUGCACAAACAGGCCCUCGUGAUCAUCAGGAAAGGGAAUGCAUAUCCCAGGCCCGCCCUCAGGCAGGAGCCUCCCUCUGCCCAUGGAAAGGGUCCACUCCCCAGAAAGACCUUGCCGCUGGAGCCUGGGGCUGGAAGAAACGGAGCUGCUCACGAUGCUCUGUGUGUUGAAGUGCUGAAAACCUCAGCCGGGCUGGGACUGAGUCUGGACGGAGGCAAAUCAUCCGUGUCUGGAGACGGGCCCCUGGUAAUUAAGAGGGUGUACAAAGGUGGCGCAGCGGAACAAGCUGGGACAAUAGAAGCUGGCGAUGAAAUCCUCGCUAUCAAUGGGAAACCUUUGGUUGGGCUGGUGCACUUUGAUGCCUGGAAUAUUAUGAAGUCCGUUCCCGAAGGGCCUGUGCAGCUAGUGAUUAGAAAGCACAGGAAUUCGUGAGUUUUAGCAACGAUCUCCUCCCCCAGAUUUACUUCUUUUAACCAAUCAGAAUGACUUCUUUUAAUGAUGGGUUCUUGACUCAACCAACAGCUUCUACAGAUGUCCCCGAUUGUACUUGACAUGAAGCCUGGACUCCGGAAACCUCCUUCCGGGACCGCCAAGGCUGGGGAGUGUCAUUUCGUUCAGUGCCUGCCCCGCCCCCGCCCCGCCCCGCCCCGCCCCCUUACAUUUGCCGUGAUAUCAAGAGCUCUGCUCUUCUUCUGGACCACCUGGCUACACCUUUGCAUCCCUCCCCUCUUACCACUCCCCAGCAUCAGUCCUGGUGAGUAGGGACCAGAAGGGUAACACAAAUGCCCCAGCUAAAAUGAUGUAUGAAUGUAGAUUUAUAUAAUUUUGUAAGUCAAUGACACAGUGCUUUUAGGUAUGUACCUACAGUGGAAGGCAGAGUUAUGGGUCUGUGUAUGUUACCCUGAAAAAAAAAAGAGAGAGACUUAAAGAAAAUGAAUUUAUGACCUAGUUGUUAGGCAGAGCUCAGGAAUUACGCAACAGUGAAAAAGAUGACAAUGUUAAAAAGUGCUAUUUUUUAAUGAACGUAAUGUAUGAUGUGGACUAGGAAGUUCCGAUCAUUUUGUGUUUCUGAGAGUGUAGGUCAUAAGGCUGCUACAGAGCGACAGUUCUGAUGAAUUGCAAUAAAUAGUUGUGAGCCUCCCUGCGCGGGAGGAGGAAGGUCUAGCCUGAAAGCACCUUGCAUCUGGUUCUCAAACUUGAGUGUAUGUUUGAAUACAAGACUGGUCAACCCAAGAGCAGACAAAACCGUCAGCAUGUUUCUGUUCCCACACACAUGCACCACCACCUCAAAGGCAAUUUUGAGAGAUAAACCCUUCAGUUGCAAGCGUAGGCAUUCUGUGGUCCAAACUGAGGAGGAGCUUCCAAGAGUCCUCUUGGGGAGAUUUCCUUGAUGGUUUUUCUCCUUUCCCCCCACCAGACCUGAAGAAGCAUGGAGUUUGUAGUCCAGCUUUCUUCCCUGACAGAGCUCUGCAGCGGCUCAACUUUUUGCUAUUUUGGUUUUUACCAUUUUGCAAAUUCUUCCUCUUGCCAAAACCAGGGCCCCACAGACCAUUCUGACUCACGUUGCUUAUGAAAGCUGUCUGGCUGCUUGGAGCCUCUCUCUCCGGAGUCCUCCUUCCUCACAAAGCUGGCUUUUUCCCUUUGCACUGGCCCUUACUUUCUUAAAUCCCAAAGCCUCACCAGCUUCACUUACCACGCAAGGAGGAAAAUGGAAAAACAGGGUGAGUCCCUCUCAAGGAAAAGGACUAUCCAGUGUUUACCACCCAAUCCUCAGGUGGUGCCACCCAGUGUUGGGUCUUGAGGGUUUGGAUGGAAACUGCAUUUGUCAAUCCCACAUGCAUGAUGCUACGAUUCUGUUUCUUGAACCCCCAGCCGGGGCUAGGGAGGCAUCACCGAGGUGCUUGCUGUUGCCUCUGUACAUUUUUCCUGAGCCCAUCUUUGCUGGCCUUCUGUAGAGUAAACCCAAAGAGGGUCCUCAGAUGGGCACAGAACAAACUGGCUCCUUUUCAGCAGGUUACACAAAGAAAACUACAGUCCGGGAGUCAGCUAGAAAAGCCUGAUUUAGCAUCUACUUUUCAUUACAGUUACAGUAGGAGUCUAUAAGUGCAAGGUGCAUGCUACGUUGUUGUUCGUCUCUGGGGUCAGUUUCUGCCUUCUUACUCAAUGAUCAUUUGAAGUCAGCACGAAAACUUUUUUUUUUGUUUUUGGUUUGGCCUCCACUCCUUUACAGUCAUGUCUGUUAGUAAGAAAAAUCCAGUCCUUUCUGACCAGAUAGGACUUUCUGGGCCAAUGGGGUGGUCUCUUUCUGAGUGUUCCCAAAGCUCCUAGCUAAAGAAUACAAGGACGACCUCUGGCUUACCACACUACAUUGGGUCACCAGGCAUUGGGACUAGACCUUUCCAGAAAGUCUUCCUGGCUAACAGUGGGAAUGUAAGGGAUGAAGCAAACGCUAGCUUACCGUCGACCCUGAGGUAGAAAGCUAUUUAUUUGUCUUCAGUGUUCAAGGCAUGAUCAGUACUGCUAAUUAGUCUAAUGAAGCCCCACACUUCCUGCAGUGAACACUAAUGGUGUUGUUGGAACCCUUUUUUCUUUCAAGUGGUCAGUCAUUCACAGUAAGCAAUGAGGGUAAAACGUGUCCUGACAUAAACCGUAGUUGUGAGAAAACGGCUCAAGUAGGUUGGGUUUCAUUUCCACCCUCCCACACAUAUUGCAUUGUAUGGUCGACUUAAUCGGCACCACACCUGUUGUACAUUAUACAGUAUUCUUUAUUUAUGUAAAAUAAAAUGCCUUAUAUAUUGAAGAGUAAGUGCAAUAAUAUGAAAUGGCCUGUACAUUUAAAAAAUGUUGUCGCCAAGUUAUGUAAAUCCACAUCUCUGUAAACAAUUUUUUUAAGUAAUUUUCAAAAAAUAAACACUGCUUACUACUUGA